AUGCAGGCAGCACAAGUUUGCAGCUGGUUGGAACCAGCAAUGUUGUCGCACCUGCUGCCGCUAGCCGGGCGUGAUCGCAUCAACCGCACGGAGUUCGAUCGAAUGGUCCUCACUCUUGAGCCACAGCUAGCAGCUGCUGACGUGGAGCGUCUCUGGAGGAUCCAUGGCCCAUCUCCGGAGAUGAGCCUUGCAGAGCUCGUCCAUUUUAGCCCCACGCAGGGCGGCGACAGCUGGGCAGAAGCAGCACUGCGGCGUGUGGCACGGCGUCUGGCACCAGCCCUGACCACUCCGCCCGACACGUUCCGACGGUUCAACCUGACCAGCAUCACUGGGCUGUCCUAUGGUGAGUUCGAGGGCCUGCUCUUGGCGCAGGAUCCACGCAUGACCCGCGAUGACGUGAUAGCCUUGUGGCGACUUACUGAUGCCGACGGGAACGGCAGAGUGGACCUGGGAGAAGUGGUGUCCGUGCUUCGGCGAGCUCAGCUUGAGGGCCUCACACAGGGCAGACCCCUGCCGCAACCACCGGCCAGCCCUGUAGAUCGCGACAUGAUCUUGGAGGCGCACGUGGCGCAGAUCGACCGCAGCUUCCGGAACCGAGGUGUCAUGCUCCCAGGCUUCAGAGUUUGCGAUUUGCACAACGAAAACCAUCACAGACCGGAGCCUCAGAGGCGUUUUGAAUCCGGAGAGUCGCAGAAGUCAGAGUUGCACAGAUGGACGAACAAGAAUGGGCAAGAGAGCUUGUUGAGAAGGCCGUUGCAGCCCUUGGCUUGA